GGCGAAGCACCACCGACUUCCCAAGAUGCUGGCACUAAUAAACCGGCUUUUAGACUGGUUCAAGUCUUUAUUUUGGAAGGAAGAGAUGGAGCUGACCCUGGUCGGCCUCCUGUAUUCGGGAAAAACGACGUUCGUCAACAUAAUUGCCUCUGACGAAACCCUAAUUGGAGUGAUGGUUGAUGAGAUGAAGAGGCUGCUGAGGAAGCUGAUGUCCAAAUUUGUGCAAAUGGAUGUGAUCAGGAAAGCUGAGGAUAUCCUAGAUGUUGAUUACAGGAACAAGGAGAACUGGCAUGACACAGGCAACAUAGCAGUAUCACAUGAUGCCAGACAAUACAUGGAGCAAGUUGAAGACUAUGUCUGAUGCCACCAAAAAGAUGUUCUUUGACAGUGUAGUUAAUUUUUACACGAGUGUUGUGACCAAAAUGAACUUGAAAAAAAAUGGUUGUAUUUUGUCUUAGCGAUUGUCGCGCGCGCGCGCGUCAUCGGAGUUGGCAAACAGAAAUCUCCCUAUUUGCAAUUUCUACAACUUAACAGGUAUGUCAUAUGACACAUUAAAAUUGUUCAGACCCAUAGGACACUCAAAUUACCAUUUUCCGUGUCUAGCAGCUGAACAGGACAGGUUAAAAAAGAUCAUUUUUGUCCCUUCCAACCUUUUUCAAAAGCUGUUUUCUUCAAAUUGCCAUCACAAUUCUGUUUGCCAAGUCAUUAUUGGUACAUUAUAAAAGUUCAGCAGUGUUAUUCAUAUGGCUUGGAGGCUCGUGCGGUUUUUGUGGGUAAAAAGCAAAAGUUCAUACGAAAAUACACUCAGAUGGGAUUUAGCUGACGAAGACAUCCGCAGCUGCCUUUGUCGUCUGUGCACGUGCUCACUCCUACACGCUUCUCCCAUUACUUGUCUGUUACCGUUGCAUGGCUCAUGUGGGCCAGAUGUACGCACACACACACACACACACAUUGGAGACAUCCUGAUUUCUAACCACAAGGAGACAACUGGAAAAGUAAUGGAGACGGGAGUGGGGGAGGAAUGCGGAUAGAGAUAUGCGGGUUUCUGACGGUUCAUGGCUGCAAGGUGAGCGAGCGCAGGGGUCAAGGGGACGCUGGGGAAAGACGACGAUACGCUGCAAAACGUCAUAUGGCGGCUUCCUGCGGGUGUCUACCACGGGAUCGGUCCUGACAUGUCGCUUGACUUU